ACUCUUAAAGCAAAGGUCAAGGGAAGCAAUAGCUUCAAGCUCUAAGCAAUUAAUAAUCAGCAAUGGCUUCCUCAGUUAUGUCCUCAGCUGCCGCUGUUGCCACCGGCGCCAAUGCUGUUCAAGCCAGCAUGGCCGCGCCCUUCACUGGCCUCAAGUCCGCCUCCUCCUUCCCUGUUUCCAGAAAACAAAACCUUGACAUUACUUCCAUUGCUAGCAAUGGUGGAAGAGUCCAAUGCAUGCAGGUGUGGCCACCAAUUAACAAGAAGAAGUACGAGACACUCUCAUACCUUCCUGAUUUGAGCGAGGAGCAAUUGCUUAGGGAAGUUGAGUACCUUUUGAAAAAUGGAUGGGUUCCUUGCUUGGAAUUCGAGACUGAGCACGGAUUCGUCUACCGUGAAAACAACAAGUCACCAGGGUACUACGAUGGCAGAUACUGGACCAUGUGGAAGUUGCCCAUGUUCGGGUGCACUGAUGCCACUCAGGUCUUGGCUGAGGUAGAGGAGGCAAAGAAGGCUUACCCACAAGCCUGGAUCAGAAUCAUUGGAUUCGACAACGUCCGUCAAGUGCAGUGCAUCAGUUUCAUUGCCUACAAGCCCGAAGGCUUUUAAUAUCUCCAUUUUUAAGACAACUUAACCUAUGUCUUUAGGGGAAGUUUCUUUGAAUAAUAUCCUUAUGUUUUUCCCCGGAGAAACUGUUUUGGUUUUUCUUUUCUUUUCUCCUUCUUUCUACUCAGUGUAUAUUUUUGAACUCCAAUCAAGUCUAUGAAAACUAAUAAAUGUCAUUUGUUUCUUUCGUAA